AUGUUCGAAAAACGAUUUAAACGACCGAGUGUAGCGAAUGGAGACGGUUUAAUAUUGUACUGCAACCAAUAUAGCUACUACUGUCUCAAGGUGCUACAGGCUCUGCACGAGAAAGGGAUCCGGUUCACCAAGUAUGAUAUCGAUGUCACCAAUGAUGAGCACUUUUCCGAAUGGUUUCUCGAGCUGAAUCCGCGUGCUGAGCUGCCAGUGUUGCAGAACGGUUUGUUGAUCGUGCCCGGUUCUACCCGCAUACUGGACUAUCUGGAGGAAAACUAUCCAAAAAACAAACCCCUCCGGAUGCCAAUCGGGACAGAUAAGCUGAUUGUUGGGUUUCGGCAGACGAUCGAAAGCUUACCGAUCGGUGUAAUAACGAUCGGAUCGUUUCUUCAUCCCCAGCACGUGGGCAGUCCCAAGUUCCCGUUCGUGCUGCCCGUGCGCCAAACGAUCCUGGCCCGGGAGGAAACGCUUGCCCAGCGGCUACGUUCGUACGCAACCGAAUAUCCGGCGUUUGCCGAGGUUCUGAUCAAGAAGGCUGAUUUCCACGACCGUAAACGAAGCAUCAUUGCGAGUGAAGAAUACUUCUGCAAGCUUUUGGUAGCGUUGGACGAAUUUCUGACCAGUGUGGAACAAUAUCUAGCAACGAUCGACAUCGAGCGGUGUUGGCUAACCGGCACGGAUACGUUCACGCUGGUCGACAUCGGGCUCGGUACGCUGCUGCACCGGCUGUACGUACUCGGGCUGGAAGAUCGUUUCUGGGGCGAAGGGAAAAGGCCCCACAUUGGGCGGUUCUUUACCAAAGUUUGCCAGCGCGAAUCGUUCCAAAGUGUGCUCCCGUCGAAGGUGUCGAUUUUGCGCACGGUGUGGAUCAAUACGCCGCCGGUUUACAAGGCCGGUCUGGCCGCCGUCUCGUCCGUAUUAAUUAGUUCCACGCUUUUGAAGCGAUAA